GGGGCUAAAGAACUACUUAAGUAUUUUUGCGGGUAAACCAAAACAUUGUACGUGUUCUUUAGGUAAUGAACAUCCUUGACACUCUCAGUAAUUUGUGGAAAUAUUCAUUAUGAUUCGUUUUGUUAUUCUUGUGGUUUGUGUGAUUGCGUGUACUUUGUGCCGUCGUGUACAAGCCGACGACUAUUUGUUAGAAGAACCAACUUCGUGCGAAGUAUGUAAGUAUUUCGUAAAUGAGUUGCAGGACCGUUUGGACGAAACUGGCAAAUCAAAAGAGAUUUUACGCACCGGGCAUGGCUUGGACCCGAAAAAACGUAAAAAGAUUGCAUACAAAACCUCCGAAUUAAGACUAGUAGAUGCUAUGGAAGGGAUAUGUGAGAGAAUUUUGCAAUACAAUGUCCACAAAGAAAGAAAAGGUUCUUUACGAUUUGCCAAAGGAAGGAGUGAAACCAUGGAGACAUUGCAGGGGUUGGUGGCUAAAGGGGUGAAAGUGGAUUUGGGAAUUCCAUACGAUUUGUGGGACGAGCCAUCUGUAGAAGUGACACUCAUGAAAAAACAAUGUGAAAGAAUGCUGGAGGAAUAUGAAGAUACAAUCGAGGAUUGGUAUUUCAAUAAACAGAGCAGCAAAGAUUUAUUGAGUUACCUGUGCAAGGAAAAUGUGUUGAAUAAAACUAACCAGGCAUGCCUGGCUGAGCAGUGGACGGGAAAGGAGAAGAAAUAUGAUGACACUAAUGAUGAUGCUGUUGUGGAAGCUAAGAAAAAGAGAAAAGGAAAAAAGAAAAAGAAAAAGGCACGGAAAUCGGAAAGUUCAGAUGCAAAAGCUGCAAAUAAAGAUGAGUUAUGAUGGCUUUAAAUGUCAUGCAUUGGAGUGUGCAAUAUAUGACUACGCUGUUCUGUUCACUUUUAGAAUGGCAUUUCUAUACAUUAAUCAUGAAGUAUAUGAUCGAAAAUUAAAAAAAGAUAUAUAUAUUUUGUGAAUUUUGCCACACAGUUAUAAAUUGACACCGAAGUAAAAUUCUCUCAUGUACAGACCUUUUAAUGUUUUUUGAUAACUUAUUAUUCAGUGACCAACUAUGGGUUAUCAGCUUCAAGAAAAGCUAAAAGAAAAAGUUUUUCUAAAUAAAAUAUCAGUUUGGAAAGGUGCAAAUUAUUUAAAUGCGAAAGUAGUGGUAUAAUUUGAUCUUGCCCUCAUAAGAAUUGCAAAAUUGUCCCUGCUACUAUUAUUGCCUUGGUUAACUCUCCACUCUAGGCCACUGUUGAGUUUUUCAUUUAUCUGUUCUGUACACUAAAUAUCGAAAUGUUUUUAUGAUUUCAAAUUAUGACUGUAUGACUUUAUUUGUAAAACAAACAGACAAAAACCUUUUUAAUCUAUUCCCUGUAACUCCUUAAAAUGAAAUUCUUUGAACGUUUUUUGUGUUUAUUGGUAAUGGUAUAUUUAUGUUUUCACGUAAUUGAUAACGAUAAGUAUAGAGUCAAGUGUAUAUGUAAAGUCAUAAGAUGCCAGAAUAUGCCAUUUGCUGUGCUGCACUUUUCUAUUUAAACGUAUUCCACCAAAACCUUAUUUUAAGAUGAUACUUUCAUGUUGACUGUUGGUGUUAAACAGCAUUUAAUGUGUCAAACUUUCGAUGUUAUCCCCACCCGCUAAAUUUAAGAAUAUUUUCCAGA